UUGACCUCUUCAUACGCUCCGGUUAACCAUGUGGCGAAGUAACUCUGAGUGGAGAGAUGUUUUCAAGCUGAAAGUGUCCACAGAUGUCGGAGCGGUCAUGCGUAAAAGUGGAGCGGCACGGAAGACAAAUGUCCACUCUUGUUGUUUCUUCUGACAUCGGUUCUUGGUGAACCGGGUUGCAACGCGUGGACCAAGGUGAGAGUGUAAGAGUCAAAACUUCUGAGCGCAAUGAAUACAACAUGUUCAUGUGUGAGGCUAAGAAGAGGGCAGUUACUGCCACGCCUGUCAUGCCUGUCAUGCCUGGUACUGCUGACUCUGUGCUUCGUGCUCUUCUUGAAGUACAGCUACAUCAUCGAAUCUCUACCUCCCCUGGCAGCUUUAUAUGACAUCCAGAUGUUUCAGAAGUACAACAUCAGCUGCUCAGACAUAUAUGACAUGGACCCGGUGGAGGUGGGUAAAUCUCUGAUCAUCCGCAGGAAACAAGUUGUGGAGGAUGCGGAUGAAAGUCUCGUUAACCUCACCUCGAACUGCCCUUUAUUCAUCAAGUCCAGGGGUUAUGAUGACGUGUGCGUCUCAGAGGAGGAGAGAGACUUCCCUCUUGCUUACUCUAUGGUUGUGCAUAAAUCUGCAUGGAUGGUGGAGAGACUCCUCAAAGUGCUGUACUCACCGGGCAACAUCUACUGUAUUCACUACGAUCAGAAGUCCUCCGCUCAGUUCAUUGCAGCCAUUGAGGGUUUGGCCCGCUGUUUGCCCAAUGUCUUCAUCGCCUCCAAGCGAGAGUCCGUCUACUAUGCAAGCAUCAGUCGACUGAAGGCUGACCUCAACUGUCUGUCCGACCUUUUGGGGUCACAGGUCAAGUGGAAGUAUGUCAUCAACCUCUGCGGCCAAGAUUUCCCCCUCAGGUCCAAUAAGGAGCUGGUGUCAGAGCUAAAGAAGUUAAAUGGUGCAAACAUGCUGGAGACAAGCCGACCCAGCGAGCAGAAGAAGAAGAGGUUCACCUUCCGCCACGAGCUGAGAGACGCCAGCUUUGAAUAUAAAAAACUGCCAGUGAAAACAGAGCAGAUGAAAACGCCGCCGCCUCAUGGUAUCGAGAUAUUCUCUGGCAAUGCCUAUUUUGUCUUGUCACGGGACUUUGUUGUGCACAUGGACUCGUCAGCCGUGGUGAAGGAUUUUCUAGCGUGGUCAGAGGACACCUACUCUCCCGAUGAGCACUUCUGGGCCACGCUCGUGCGGCUGCCAGGUGUACCCGGGGAGGUGCCCAGAUCCCAGCCCGAUGUCACUGACCUGAAGAGUAAGACCAGGCUGGUGAAGUGGCAUUACCUGGAGGAGAGCCUGUACCCGCCCUGCUCAGGGCAACACGUUCGCAGCGUUUGUAUUUAUGGCGCCGCAGAAAUGCGUUGGUUACUCAACUACGGUCACUGGUUCGCCAAUAAGUUCGACCCCAAAGUGGACCCCAUCAUCAUUCAGUGCCUGGAGGAGAAGCUGGAGGAGAAUCAAAAGUCAUUCCAAUCAGCAGCCUGUCGUAAGGGUAAACCAACGUAGAGACGAUGUUGAUAGUCAAUUAAUCAUUUAAGUUAUUUUUCCAGGAAAAAACAUCUUCAAUGCGAAAACUUGCUUUUUUCUUGUCUUACAUUCUGGGAAAUUGAUUCUCUAUGAAGUUUGUACUGCUGGUCGAGCAAAACUAAGAUAUCUGAUGAUGUUAUCUUGGGCUCUAAGGGAAGUGUUCAGAGUUUUUUGGUGCUUUAUAACCAAAUAAUUAAUUUAUAAUGAAAAUAAUCACCAGUUUCAGCUCUACCACAGUGACAUUUGGUAGCAGUGCUGUGUUUAUUAGAGAGAGAUUCUUUCUCACAGACGUUCAGCUUCACUUCAGCCAGUUUCAAACACACAAACACCUGACAGCAUUAAAGGACCAGUUCAGCCAAAUUACUAAAAGACACUUUUUCACUCUCGUGGUGUGUGUGUCCACGCAGGUAGUUUUGCUUUUAUAUGGUCCGGGCUUUGAGAUAUUUGCCUCUUAGAUUACUUCCACCAGCAAGUCAAUGAAAGUGAAAGGAAAUGUUAGUGGUCACAGCAAAUUACAAAUAUGUUUUUUUGUAAUUAGAGUGAAUGAAUUAAAUGAUGGGUAUUAAGAUUGUAAUCAGUGGUUAUGUUUGAGACAUAACUCCCUCCGGUGUAUGUGGUAAGAUUUUAAUCAUAAGAGUUUCACAGCAUGUCAAUGUCGUUUAGAGGUGGCUU